UUAGGAAACAUUUUUAGCAUAAAGUUGUUUGAUUGAUCACGUAGAGGUCUUAUCAACAAAGAUAAGAUACUCCCAUUAACGAGAAGUGUAUUUAAAAGGAAUAUCAUCAAAACAUCAUUAUUCCUUGCGAAAAGAACACCAAAUAAUGCACACCCUGAGAAUACUCAAUCUCCUGCCAUUCCUGGCACUUACGGUUCUUGCCUCUGAGGAUACCAGAGUAGAUCCAGUAGACGUCCUCCAGAUCAAAAACGUCCUCAUCGAGAACUAUGAGGGAUCUCUCAAACCAGACACUCUCCAACUCUUCCCAAACAUCGAACACCUCGAAUUCAAACAUAACAACUUCACCAUCUUCAACGCCGACUUCCUACGUUUGCUUCCAAACCUCCAGACCUUGAAAAUCGCCAAGAACGCCAUGAAAGAGGUAGAAUUCAACGCGACAGGAUGUUGCGGAAAACUGGAAUCGAUAGAGCUUGAGAAGAGUGGCAUCGGCGGCCGACUAGAAGAGGCUCUGAAGCAGAUUGGUACCAUAAAAUCCCUGAAAUACAUCAGUUUGGCCGACGAGAACCUCCCAGUCCUUCGAGAAGACGUCCUGGUCAACCCCAACUUGGAGGAACUGUCCAUCUACGCAUGCGACUUGGAGACCAUAGAAGAUGGCGCUUUCAAGAAGUUGCAACAGUUGAAAACCCUCGAACUGAGAGUCAACAGACUCGGCUGGAUCAACAAGGAGGUGUUUGCACCUUUGACCAACAUCAGGAAGAUCAACCUGGAUCAGAACCGCAUGAUCCAAUUGACCACUGAUAUGUUACCGCCCUUGCCUAAUUUGGAGGUGCUGAUAGUCAGUUUCAACAAUCUCCAUCUGCUGGAUCUCGAAGGUGUUAAGAACGUUGCGCCAAAGCUUAAAACUGUCGACAUAGGUGGUUUUGUCCAGAAAGGUGGAAUGGAAAUUAAAUCUGGAGGUGUUCACUUUGUUGGUUUUGUGAUCAAAACGAGGUAUUGAGAGUACAAUAAAGUCUUAUUUGAA